GAGAGGGAGACCGAUGCCAUUACUGGGCCAAGGGCACAGGCUUUGGCACAGGCAGCACCACACAGAGCUGGGAUGUGGAACAGGCUCUUGUGAGGCAGAAAGUGGAGGAGGAACAUGUGGUUUGGCUUGUGAGACUGCUAGCCCAGUACAUCAAUCCAGGUGACAUCUUGCCACCUGAGCUGCAGCAACAGUCCAAUGGUGGGACAGCAGGAGGCGGUGCAGCUGAAAGUCAAAGUGACAGCACCCCUCUCCUACCCCCUCUGUCACCCCCGUCUCAUGCCCCUCCACCCUUGCCACCUGCCCUCCUACACCUUUUCCAGAAUUCAGGCUUGAUCACUACCAUAGCCUCCAACCUCAGCAAUGACUCGGUAUUGGACAUGUCCCGGCACGUCCCUCUUUACCGUGCAUUACUGGCCCUUGUGAGAGGCCUCUCUGUCACCCCUGGCCUGGCGCCCCUGCUGCUGACACCCCAGAAUUCAGCUCCGACGAAUGGAGGAGGCGGAGACACCACCACUCUACCUUGUGUGCCAGCGUUGUUGGAGAAGAUGAAAACAACUGUUAACACAUACAUGGCCAAGCUGCGAUGGAAGUCCUCCAAGGCUGGCGGCAACAGCAAUGGAAAUGGUGGCAAUGGUAACAACAAUGGUGGGAACAACAACAAUUCCGGCAGUCUAACAGAUGAUGCUGA